AUGGAAUAUUUGCUUCUUUUCUCACAGAAUGAAUUUCAAAGUAAAGUAAACUACACAUAUAAAAGACAUUUCUUACUCCAAGAGAACGAACUACACCUAAGAACUUUCACAAGACCUCAUACAUCGCGAAACAAUCCACAAAGUACUGCUUGUGACAAGGAAGUGUCUAGAACUGCUGAACAAAAGAACAAACUGAUAGUCUCCUACAACAUGCCACAUUGGUGGAUAAUUGACUUCAAUUUUUCUCACUGUGAGUGCACUCGCUGUCAAAUCGUGUACAGUCAGAACAUUAAUCAGGCAGAUAUCGUCUUGUUUGACGGUGUCCGGCUCAGUAUUAAGUCUCCACCGCCGAGACCCACAGGUCAGAUAUGGGUUGUUGUCGGGAGCGAGGCUCCUAUAUAUUACACUGGACUGUUGCAUACUCCUCAGUGGAGGGGUGUGUUUAACUGGACAAACACUCAUCAUAUAGAUGCUGACAUAUUUGUUCCGUAUGGGUUACUGGUACAGCGAGAUUACAGUCCAAGUUCAAGAACAUACUACGAGUCACUGGCAAAGUCAAAGACGAAGCUGGCUGUUGCCGUGAUCAGCCACUGCCAAACAAAAAGUCUUAGAGAGGAGUACAUCAAGGAGCUUCAACAGUACAUGGCGGUGGAUGUGUAUGGGUUUUGUGGGACCAAAACUGCCUGUCGGAAAAAGAACAAUACUUGUCUCAGUGAACUUGUUCAACCCUAUACGUUUCUACUGGCUUUCGAAAACUCUCUUUGCCAAGAUUACGUGACCGAGAAGUUUUUUCGAACCUUCAGUGAUGACUUUCCGGUGAUUCCAGUAGUUCGAGGAGGGACAGACUAUCGAAGCUACUUCCCACAUGGAACGUUCAUUGACGCUUCGGAUUUUCGUUGCCCCAAAGAACUCGCCGCAUAUUUAAAAAUGAUUGGCAACGAUCCCAAAAACAUUGCUGAUAUGCUUGAAGCAAAGUCAAGGUAA